UCUAAAAGAAAAAUCAAAACAAACAAUCCCACAACGAUGGGCCUGGGAGAGCGUGUGUGAGUGUGAGGGGCAUGGGUAUGUGUACGAGUGCGCGCGCCUUUCUCUCUCCCCCAUGUGCCUCCGUGUGUCUCUCCCUGUACCCUGCCCCUCCCUCAGUUAUAUUAUUCCCCCAGACUUGGAAGCCGCUCCUUGAGCUGGCGCUUUGAUGGUAUCUGCAAGCAUUGGUGCUGAUCUUAUUUCUGCCCCCUGAAUAUUAAUUCCCCAAGCUGGCAGCAAUACAUCUCCCCAGUGAGGGGACCUACUAGAGGCAGGUGGGGGGAGCCACCAUCAGAUCAUAAGCAUAAUAAUAAUACAAAGGGGAGGGAUUCUUCUGCAACCGAGAGGCGAGAGGAGGAAAAAAAAAAAAAAGCGAUGAGUUCGCCAAAUAUAUGGAGCACAGGAAGCUCAGUCUACUCGACUCCUGUGUUUUCACAGAAAAUGACGGUGUGGAUCCUGCUCUUGCUAUCGCUCUACCCAGGCCUCACUAGACAGAAAUCGGAUGAUGACUAUGAAGACUAUUCUUCUAACAAAACAUGGGUAUUGACACCCAAAGUUCCUGAGGGUGAUGUCACUGUCAUCUUAAACAACCUCCUGGAAGGCUAUGACAAUAAACUUCGCCCUGACAUAGGAGUUUCUUUCAAACAGGAAUAUACGAUUGAUAUAUUUUUUGCCCAAACAUGGUAUGACAGACGUCUGAAAUUCAACAGCACAAUUAAAGUUCUCCGACUGAAUAGCAACAUGGUGGGAAAAAUCUGGAUUCCAGACACUUUCUUCAGAAACUCAAAAAAGGCUGAUGCACACUGGAUAACCACCCCUAAUAGGAUGCUGAGAAUUUGGAAUGAUGGUCGAGUGCUCUAUACCUUAAGGCUGACUAUCGAUGCUGAGUGCCAAUUACAGUUACACAAUUUCCCAAUGGAUGAACACUCCUGCCCCUUGGAGUUCUCCAGUUAUGGCUAUCCACGUGAAGAAAUUGUCUAUCAAUGGAAGCGUAGUUCUGUGGAAGUGGGUGACACCAGAUCUUGGAGGCUUUAUCAAUUUUCAUUUGUUGGCCUGAGAAAUACCACUGAAGUAGUGAAGACAACGUCUGGAGAUUAUGUGGUCAUGUCUGUCUACUUUGACCUGAGCCGAAGAAUGGGCUACUUCACCAUCCAGACCUACAUCCCCUGCACACUCAUUGUUGUCCUAUCCUGGGUGUCUUUCUGGAUCAAUAAGGACGCCGUUCCAGCCAGAACUUCUUUAGGUAUCACCACUGUCCUGACAAUGACUACCCUCAGCACCAUCGCCCGGAAGUCACUCCCCAAGGUCUCCUAUGUCACAGCAAUGGAUCUCUUUGUGUCUGUCUGCUUCAUAUUUGUCUUCUCUGCUUUGGUGGAGUAUGGCACCCUGCAUUAUUUUGUCAGCAACCGGAAACCAAGCAAGGACAAAGACAAAAAGAAGAAAAACCCUCUUCUCCGGAUGUUUUCCUUCAAGGCCCCUACUAUUGACAUCCGCCCAAGAUCAGCAACCAUUCAAAUGAACAAUGCCACGCACCUUCAAGAGAGGGAUGAAGAAUACGGGUACGAGUGUCUGGAUGGCAAGGACUGUGCCAGUUUUUUCUGCUGUUUCGAAGAUUGCCGAACGGGAGCUUGGAGACAUGGACGGAUACAUAUACGCAUCGCCAAAAUGGACUCCUAUGCGCGUAUCUUCUUCCCCACUGCCUUCUGCUUGUUCAACCUGGUGUACUGGGUCUCCUACCUUUACCUGUAAAGAGAUGCGGGUUUUAUUGAUAUAGGUUUUACUCACGAAAUCUCAUAGAAAGAAUGUGUCCUUUCUAAGUCCACUUAAGUAAUCUUGUGUGUGGUUUAUAACGAUCUGAAUUGGGUUCUAUGUUCUAACCUGGUAAACUGUGUUCAUGUCACUGUUUGCGCCCGGCUCUCCUUUGGUGAGUGUAAUUUGAACUAUAAUAUUUCUGUGUUGCAAACCUGCAAGGCAAAGUGAAAUUAGAGCAAGAACAUUGAAAUAAAAUAAGAUAUUUUCCAGCUACAGUAACUGCGAUAGUAAAACUAUGACUCUUUACAGUAGUGGCAUCUUCAUUCAAUUCAAAAUACAAUUAGAUGCAAAAAGUCCAAAACUAUAUACACUUAUGUUCAUUUGGGGUCAAGUUGUGAUAAAUUUGAUCCCAACAGAAUAUCUCCCUCAUUUCAGACAAAUCAUACCUCACUUUCAAUAUAAGAACCGAGACAAGGAAUCUAUUACACUUCUAUCCCAAGAUAGGAAGAACAUUUCCUCCAUAUCACAUGUACAAUGCUGUAAAUAUUUCAAUAACGUAGAAUGCUUCAAGUUUAAUGCAUGCAUCUCUUUAGAGCCAAAAAUCAAUGGAUUGGGGUUAACAUCAUAAAGCACCAUCUUUUAUUCUGUGUGUGUCUGGAUUAUGAAAGAAUCACAAAUGUCUUUGGGUUAUAAAAGAAUCAUGAAUGUAAUUAUAAGGGUUUCGCUUUGGAAUUGGAGGGAAGCAUUUUCACUACUGUCUCCCUUAUGCAUGAAGAUUGAAACAGCUUAAUUUAUUUCCUUGUAUGACACAUUAAAACAUUUUAAGUAAAAUACAGACUGAAUAUUCGACAUCUGCCACCUCUCAAUAUGCCCAAUUACAUAAAGCAUAGAGUAACUGUAUGCGCUUGCCACUGUUUUUUCUUCUUUUUAGGAUGAUAGAUCUUAAUAGGAUUUACUCCCCAUCUCAACAUCUGCUUUUAGUGAUCGUGAGUGCCUUGGGGACAGUAUCCUUGUCAUUUCCUCUUUGGGUCCUCAACAUCUUGCAUAGUGCCUGGCACGUACGUGGUGUUCAAUGAAUAUUGUUGGAAGUGAACUGGCCCACCUGUGUCUGGUGACUCUCUCUGUGCUGGCCUGGAACCAGCGAUUCAUCUUCUCACAUAGGCAUUGUCAAGUGGUAUUUGAUCUUGUAGAAAUAAACAGAAGGAUCCAAAGAACUUUGGCAAUUAUAUUCAUUAUCAAAAAUUUCUUUUAGCCAAAGCCCAUAUUUCUUUAAAAACAAUAUUCAUGUCCUAUGUUUACAUAUGAAAAAUGAGUCUACUAGGAAGUAAUUAGAGUUUGUGUAUUGUUUUUCCAGGUUUGGGGAUAAGUUAGACUUGACCCUCCACAAACGCACUUGAGAACAUAUGACAGGCAUAAGCAAGAUUCACACUUGUCUAGUGUUCAGAAUGUAGUAUUUUUUGCUCUGUGAAGAGAAAAAAAAUACACUGAAGAUUAAAUUUUAAAAAUAAAAUAACAAAUGAAUGACUUACGAGGAGGCUGAACCUUUGAUUGUGGCCUCAUUAAACCAUAUUCUGAUCAUAUGAAGUAGGUGUCUCAGACAUCGAGACAUCUUCAUGUACUUAUCCCGAAUCCUUAUUUUUCUAAAAUAGCACCCUUUGUCAGUUCUUUUUUUUUGGCAAUCAUUACUCUCAGUCAGAAUUCAGUCACAGCUGGUGAAACUUUAUAGAUAACCUAAAAAGAAUAGAAGAGAGAGUGGCUUUGUUAAUAUAAAUCUAUAUAACGGUAUCAUCAAGUCAACUGGAUGAAUCUUGAAACACAUUUAGCUGCCAAUUUUACAAACCUUUAACAUGUCAGUGCUCUAGUAUAUAACCUCAAACAUAUGUAAAUAGAAUGAAUUAUUUUCUUGUUUUGAAUUGUUAACAUAUUAAAUGUUAACUCUUUGGGAGAGUUGUUGGCAAAUUUGCAAUGGUAAGAAAUGCGUUACUAUUGUCAACUUGAAAUGUAUUCCAUCAUGGGGAUACUCAAAAAAGCUAGCUUUCCAAUUGUGCAUAGUGUUGGCAAUAUGAAUAUAUAAUACGUAUAAUCUAAUUCUUAAUUAUCAGCUGCUCCCUGUCUAUGUAUUUGAAAACCUUUUCGCAAAGGACUUGCCUAACAUGUGGACUUUUACAAUAAAAACGCUGCAUUCUAAUCCA